GGCCGGCGGUGGGUGGCGCGCACUCCCAUAUGUCCUCCGCACCACCACGAUCGCCCACCCCGCGGGCCCCCAAGAUGAAGAAGGACGAAUCUUUCCUGGGCAAGUUGGGCGGCACACUGGCGAGGAAGAAAAAGACCAGGGAGGUGACUGACUUGCAAGAAGAAGGCAAGAGCGCCAUCAAUUCUCCAAUGGCCCCAGCUUUGAUGGACAUCCACCCUGAAGACACCCAGCUAGAGGAGAAUGAGGAGCGCACCAUGAUUGAUCCCACCUCCAGGGAGGACCCCAAGUUCAAGGAGCUGAUCAAGGUGCUCCUGGACUGGAUCAAUGAUGUGCUGGCAGAGGAGCGCAUCAUUGUGAAGCAGCUGGAGGAAGAUCUCUACGACGGCCAGGUGCUUCAGAAGCUUCUGGAAAAGCUGGGGCACUGCAAGCUGAAUGUGGCCGAGGUGACACAGUCCGAGAUCGGGCAAAAGCAGAAGUUGCAGACGGUCCUGGAGGCUGUGCAGGACCUGCUUCGGCCCCACGGCUGGCCGCUGCGCUGGAAUGUGGACUCUAUCCAUGGGAAGAACCUGGUGUCCAUUCUUCAUCUCCUCGUCUCCCUGGCCAUGCACUUCAGGGCCCCCAUCCACCUUCCCGAGCAUGUCACCGUGCAGGUGGUGGUCGUCCGGAAGCGGGAAGGCCUGCUGCACUCCAGCCACGUCUCAGAGGAGCUGACCACGACCACGGAGAUCAUGAUGGGCCGGUUUGAGAGGGAUGCCUUCGACACACUUUUCGACCAUGCACCGGACAAGCUCAACCUUGUAAAGAAGUCUCUCAUCACAUUUGUGAACAAGCACCUGAAUAAGCUGAACUUGGAGGUGACCGACCUGGAGACCCAGUUUGCAGAUGGCGUGUACCUGGUUCUGCUUCUGGGCCUCCUUGAGGACUACUUCGUCCCCCUCCACAACUUCUACCUGACUCCUGACAGCUUCGACCAGAAGGUGCACAACGUGGCCUUUGCCUUUGAACUGAUGCUGGAUGGAGGACUCAAGAAGCCCAAGGCCCGCCCUGAAGAUGUGGUGAACUUGGACCUCAAAUCCACUCUGCGGGUCCUUUACACUCUGUUCACCAAGUACAAGGACGUGGAGUGAUGGAGCCGCUGAUCCUUCCAGGGCAAUUUCUAGGCAGGAAAAAUGGGCGUGUCCAUCCCCGGCCCCUGCUUCCCCAGGAGAUGCUUCCCCAGGGAGGCCUCGGGCUUCUCAUCCCUGCUGUGUAAUGUCCCUCCUCUCUGCUCCCUGCCUGGUUCCGUUGUCGUUUGUAAUCCCCCUUUCCUCUGUGGUUCCCCAGCCAACUGGUUAGGCCUUUGAGAACUUGGUGCUUAAAACACCCUCUCAGGUUUGAGGCCUCACUUCCUUUUUUUCUCUGCUGCCAUCAAGAGAUGAAGAAAAGAACGAAGCCCCAGCCUAGUCCUCAGCUGGAGAGGGCUGUCCACCUGUGCUCCAACCCACGGGGCAAUUACUGAUGGCAGGAGCACAGCAGUCCUUGCUCCGGGGACUCCGCCCCACUUGUCCUCAGGAAUCCCCUGGGCUGGGCUCUCCCUGGAAGCAGGGUCCUGUCUUAGUAAAAAGAUCCUCACAGUUUUUCACUCCUGUCUCAGAAGCGUCAGACUUGUGACGUGUCCCUCCAACCCCCCAACACACACACACACACACACACACACAUGCACACGCACAUCCGUCUUGUGGUUUACUGGUCUUGACUGACCUUUUACAUAAACUCUCAGGACCCAGAAUGCCUCAGGCCCCCAGGGAAGCUCCACGGAGCCCGUCUGGGUGUCUUGCUGGCUCUGAAUAUGCAGCUUGAGUCGGCUUGGAGCCGGAACCUUGCCGUCUCUGAGGCCCUGUUAGGGAAUGGACACAUUUGUAGAGAUUUUACAAGGGGGUGGGUAUCUAUGACUAGGCCUGCCUCACCACAGGCUACCGGCAGCCAGAAUGACAGAGGCGUACAUCUGGCGGCUCUGGAGGUUGGAAGCAGGCGGUGGAGGUGCUGGCUGGGCUGGUUUCCGAGGCUUCAUUUUCACUGCUCCUCUCCGCCUUUGCAUGCAUUAGCCUCCUCCUGGUUCUGAUAGGGAACCCAUCCCCUGUAUGGCCUCACUGCCCCUAUGACAGCUGUAAGGUCCCUGUCUCCAGGGCAAACUCCCUUGAACACAGCAAGAGCAGGUUUGUGGGGCUUGUCUGAGCUGGGCGUAUGAAAUGUCCACGUCCUUCCUAGAACACUACUGGUAUCCCCUGCAGCACGUCCUAUAAAAGAAAACGCUGCUGUUCCCAUAAGCCGUCCCCACUCAUUCUCCUUGACUCUACAGAGGAGUGGGAAUGUCAUGGCUGGCUGGCUUCUUGUCUCAGGAACCCCACUUCUGUGGUUCACCCCCUCUCAAGUUCCUCCUACCUCCAGCCUUUGGAACCGCCACCCUCUUCCUUGAGCCUUAAGCGUUCACGGCAGCUAUGGUGAACCUCCCUCUUCUGAUUCCCACUUUGCCGCGGACCGGGGCUAUGGAGUGAGGUGUUGAUACUCAACAGAACGCCGACCGUGGAGUUCCAGCAAACAGUUUAAUAUCAUCCCUUGGUUUGACUGUUACUAAGCUGGGAAUGGGCUUGGAAUAGUCUGCUCCGAUGGAGGUGGCUUCCCAGCAGGGGAAAGAGAUAAUUAAAAUGGCAUUACCGUGUCUCCCCGUGGGAUGCAGUGACAUUAAAGAGCCACACUGACAAAAUAGCCAGGAUCGGAAUGUUCUGUGUUGCCUUCCCUCCUUGCACGGAACCACAGCAGCAUCUGGGAGCUGCUGGGUCCGCCUUGCCCAGCUCACAGGUGGUCUUGGCAAGGGUGUCUCACAUCCCCGGGGCAGGGAGCCUUGAUGUGAAGGGUUUGCAGAGACCUAUAGUGCUGAGGGGUCAGGGGGGAAGGGCUGGUCUGGGAAGGUUGGUGGUUUCCUGAGCAUCCCUAUCUGGAGGACACAUGUCCCACUUGGAAUCCAAGUGGGCUCCUUUCCCCUGCAGGAGAACUGAUGAAGACAGGGUUCCAUGAAGGCAUGACCUUCCCCAUUGGCUGAGCAUAGAAGUGUGGUUCUGAAAUACCAGUGAAGGGCUACCUAAUAGCUUUGCUCUCUUUUCUCCAUGGAGCAGUCACUCAUCCCCUCGACCUGGACAGAGGACCGAGAACCAAGGUUCCUAGGCCAACUUCAGGGCCCCCUGUGUAGGGCAAGGCUUCCCUCAUAGAUUUGCCCCAUUAAUUUAGGGAGAACUGUCUCCAUCCAUACCCUCUGGUAAUUAAUGACCCCUUCCUCAUUUUUUCCCAUGACUCUCACUGGGGGCCCCCUUUGAGUUGUUAAUUCAAGGAAGUUCUGGAACAUUCCACUGCUUGGAUCUACAGUCUCUCCUGAUAUUUAUUUGAAGAGAGGUCUGGCCACCAAAACUGGUAGAAAUGCCAUCGUCUGUCAUGCCCCACACAGAGUCACAAGGAAGGGUCUGGCAGGUCUGUACCUCCUCCCCCAGGUCUGCAGGCCAGGUCUGGGAUUGCUCCCCUCUGUCCUACACGGAUUUGUACGUCUCCCCCAGCCCUGCUGACUUGGGUGGACCUGCACAGGUAACUCUUGUUCCCCUUCUGUUCACUUGUGCAAGCCCUGGGCCCGGGGCCCCUGCGUCCUCACCGGCCUGACGAACGGGAUCUUAUUUUCAAACAGUCGAAUCCGCUCCCCUCUAUGCUGCUGCGCUUUAUUGUCUUUUUAAUUGUUCGAAGCAAAGUGUCCUCUGGAUUUCUGGAUAUUAAAUAAAAACCACUAA